ACCUCGCCCGACCUGCACUGUGGAGAGGAGUGAAAAUGAGGGGUUCAAUGGAUGGUCAUGAUAGCAGUAGCGGAGAGGAAGACGAAGACCCCCAGUGGAAAUCUGCCAUCCAAUCAAUUGCUGCCACCACCACUUUUGGCUCCACCUGCAAUGGUUCCUUAAGCACGUCGACAUCCACUGCAACGACAACCGCGAGGACUUGUAGAGAAGAUGAUGAAGACUACUGGUUUAAGCCAAAGAAGCUCAAGCAUUACCAAAUAAAGGGACAGAAGCUUUUGGAUGAAAUCCUAGAGAAGACAUUAGUGUUUGUAAAGCAGGAUAUUCCUUUGAUAGAGGAUGAGCCUGAAAAAGAAGAAGGUGGAAUUCGAUUGUUCAAAUAUUCUUCCCCCGGUAUAGUAUUUGAUCGCGUAGAUGAAGUUCAAGGACCCAGAAAAAGACCAAAAAUCCUUCCUGGGAGCAGAAUUGAUGAGAAAUCAAAGGAGUUUAGAAAAAAGCUCAAAUCAGUUGCUUUAGAUGGGGUUGAUAUACUGGCUGCUGCCAAAGAUGCGUGUCAAAAAUCAUUGGCUAGACAGGAAGCUAAAGAGGGAGCAGCAAAAGCAAAAGCCAAGAAAGAGGAAGAAAGAGUUGCAGAACUGAGAAGAAUUAGGGGGGAGAGAUGGCUCCCUUCUAUUGCCAGAGAAAUGCAGAAACUGCAGGAAUGGAGGGAAGGUGAAACCAGAAAGAACGCAGAAAUAACCCCUCUUUUCCCUUUGUCUGCAACCUGCCGAAAGACCGUUAAAUCAUUUAUUAACCAAUUCUCUGUCAGACACACGUAUAAUGAUGCAUACACACACUGUAUGGUCAUUACUAUUUUCAUGAAAAAACCAAAAGAGAGAGGUCUCCAUCAACGCCAUUAAUCCCCUCCACUGUUCGUUUGAUCAGCUUCCAACUACAGCGCCACCUUCUUCUCCCUUUAGAACUCACCCUAUUCUUUAUGAUUCUCCGGUUUCCCAUUCUCUGAAAUUUGAUUCAUGGCGCUAGUCCUAGCAAUGGUUGUCGAAGGUCUGGUCUCCUUCGCUAGCACUCUCUGGAGUCUGCAAGAACGCCGAUUCUCCACUACUUUCGAAACCGUCAGCUCCGUCGCGGUCUCCGUCACUACGGCUCUGGUGCUCUGUUUCUUAUCCGUUCAAAACCAUCGAAGAUCUGAAAUAGCUCUCGCCUUCAUUUAAAUUCAAUUUCGCAAUUGCCGUAGGUUUUUUUUUUUUUUGUUUGUGUUUUUACUUUCGGUACUUCAUUCGAUUGUCCUGUUUCGCCAUCACUUGGUCUCUGUAAAUCUCCGUCCGCAUCGAAUAUAGUUCAGUUCUGAGUUUCUAUGAAAUGAAAAACCAGCACCGUGCAUUUGCGCUUACACAUGUUGGAUGUCACAAUUUCUCUUCGAAUUAUGGAUAAGAAUUCUUUAACAAAAACAGAAGAUAGAUGACUCAGGAUAUUGAAACCCUACGGAAAUCGACGGUGGUGGUUGUGAAGAAGACAGAGCGGAGGAGACCAUUGUGCCUGCGCUUCUGAAUGAAGGUGAGAGCUCGAUCGAGGUUCUCGGAGAUAUUCGAGGCGAUUUAGCAGCAUCGGCGCUCGUAAGGGGCUGAUAUGUUUUCUUUUUGUUACGACGGCACUGGAGAUGGUGACAAAGUCGGUGGUAGGAAGGGUUGCGUGGUGAGGUUAGCUAGCUUGCCCGUCUGGUCAGAUUUAGUCAAUGAGGCUCCAUUACCAAGCCCUCAAAAGUACGAAAUUUGAAUGUUUUAUUUUCUGGGAUGACAAAGUUUCUUGAUCCACUUAUGGAAGUUGGUUGCUUUCUUGUGUUUUUCAAUGAUUAUUUUAACGCUUUCCUCUUGCUUUUGAACCUCCGAUAAUAUAUAGUUUCUUGUAUGAACUGAUUUAAUGGAUUGAUCUGAUUAUUAGAA